AUGGAAGUGAUCGAGUACGGUAGCAAGAAGCUCACCCAAGCUCAAGGCGAUAACAACUACGUCGCCGAUACCCUGUCUAGGCUCCAGGACGACGAGGACCAUGAUCGGGACCGCGAUGCUACGCACAUCGGUAAUCGGCCGUUUGCAGUCCACUUCGCUGAGGUCAGCCAGAACCUAUUCCAGCUACCGUCACGCAACGAGUUCCUUGUCAAGGACGACGACGUCCCCGUGGAUGAGUUGCAAAACCUCCUCAAAAGAGAAGACGGCCUAAGAGCGAACACCCAUUCCAAGGGCAGGAAUACUACAUCCUUGUGUGCAUACAUCCUUGUGUGCAUAGACCGCGCAACUCUCUACAUCGUAGCUAGAGCAACGUUGGUGAAGACGGCUGCGGUAACGCGCAACCUGUUUGCAGAAAGUGUAGUAGGGGCGUUGGGGAUACCCUUCGAAGUAUACACGGACGGCGGAACAGAGUUCAGAGGUGACUUCCACGACUACGUGACCUCCGUGCUGAAGGUCAAGCACAUCAAUGCCGCACCAUACCUACUUCGACAGAAUGGACUAAACGAAUCGAAUCACUUCGAGCUGGGAGAUGCUGUAGGUACCAUGGUCGAGCCCGUCGAGCCCGUAGUCGUCGAUUGCCCCGACGCUAUGGCAGACUAG